AUGAUUGCACCCCUGUUCUCCGCCUCACACUCGGCCAAAUGGGAGGGUGGCACACUGCAACACGAUGACGAGGGACACGCGCUCGCGGGCCCCAGCACACCUAGCACGAGCGCCAGCAACAGACCCAUACACACGCGAUACGCGUCUGAGCCGACAUGGACCUUGGGAGGGUCGAGCGCAGGGGCACGGAGGGAGGGCAAGAGGCGGCGGACGCGGUUCGGGGUCCAGGGCGAGCUGGACAGUUCGCCCUCGCCUUCACCUCUGGGAAAGAACCUGGAGCCUUCGGGGCCUACAGCGCGCGUCGAACUCGGCGCAGCGUUUGCGUCGCGAUUGUCACAAUACCACAUCGCCUCUCCGUUAUUGACGCCGCAGCAGGACGUUUAUGAUGAGUGGGGAGGGCAGGAGGGCAAGCACGAUGACGAGGGGUUCCGUUGGGAGAAGGCACCGGCGGGCACGGUGGCCUCGGCGAUGCCGGGCGAGGGCGGCGGGGUGUGCCGGUGCGGUUGUCAUACGUUGGCCAAUGGGAAGGGCGAGUCGGGGACGCGUGAGUAA